UGGAGCCGGACCCCAUGCAAAUAUAGCGAGGUUGCAACAGCUAGCACUGCAUCGUCCGUCGCAACACAUGGUCAUGGCGUCGCGUCGUAGCUUGGCGCUGGGGCUCCUCUUCGGCCUCCUGUCCUGCUACGCGUCCGUCGUCCCUUCCGUGGCUUCCUCCGACGGCUUCCUCCAAUGCCUGUCGGCGGCCAUGCCCAAGCAGCUCCUGUACACGAAGGGCUCGCCUUCGUUCACGUCGGUCCUGGCGUCUUCCAUCCGGAACGCCAAGUUCUCCACGCCUGGCACGGUGAGGCCGCUCUUCAUCGUCACGCCGACGAACGCCUCCCACGUCCAGGCCGCCGUGGUGUGCGGCCGCCGGCACGACGUGCGCGUCCGCGUGCGCAGCGGCGGGCACGACUACGAGGGUCUCUCGUACCGAUCCGAGCGCCGCGAGGCGUUCGCCGUGGUCGACCUGGCCAACCUCCGCUCCGUGCGCGUCGACCGGGAGGCCGCCACCGCGUGGGUGGACUCCGGCGCGACGCUCGGGGAGCUGUUCUACGCCAUCUCGCAGGCGAGCAAGCAGCUGGCGUUCCCGGCCGGCCUGUGCCCGACGAUCGGCGUGGGCGGGCACCUCAGCGGCGGCGGGUUCGGCAUGCUGCUGCGCAAGUACGGCCUCGCCGCCGACAACGUCCUGGACGCCACGCUCGUCGACGCCAACGGGGAGCUCGUGGACAAGCAGGUCAUGGGGCCGGACGUGUUCUGGGCCAUCCGCGGGGGCGGCGGCGGUGGGAGCUUCGGCAUCGUGCUGUCGUGGAAGGUGAAGCUCGUGCCAGUCCCGCCGACGGUGACGCUGUUCACCGUCCUAAAGUCCGCCGACGAGGGCGCGGUGCGCAUGCUUACCAGAUGGCAGCAGGUCGCUCCGGCUCUCCCCGAGGACAUUUUCAUCACGGUGCGCCUCCACAAACAGGUGGCUCGCUUCCAGUCCAUGUACCUGGGCACGUGCGACGCGCUGCUGCCGCUGAUGGGGAGCCGCUUCCCGGAGCUCGGCGUGAACCGGACGCACUGCAAGGAGAUGACAUGGAUCCAGUCCGUGCCCUACAUCUACCUGGGCCCCACCGCCGCCGUGGAGGACAUCCUGAACCGGACCACCUCCAGCACCCCCUACAGCAAGGCCACCUCCGACUACGUCCGGCAGGCCAUCGCCGAGGACGUGUGGGCGGAGAUCUUCGCCCGGUUCGCCAAGCCGGAGGACGGGCUGAUGAUCAUGGACCCCUACGGCGCCAAGAUGAGCAGCCUACCGGAGACGGCGACGCCGUUCCCGCAUCGCGGCGGCGUGCUGUACAACAUCCAGUACAUGAACUUCUGGUCCGCCGCCACGGACGGGUCGGCACAGACGAGGUGGCUCAGAGAUAUGUACGCGUUCAUGGAGCCGCACGUGAGCAAGAACCCCAGGGGUGCGUAUGUGAACUACAGGGACCUCGACCUCGGCCAGAAUGUCGUUGUGGGCAACGUGACCAGCUACCAGGCCGGUAGGGUUUGGGGCGAGAAGUACUACGGCGGUAACUUCCAGAGGCUCGCCAUGACCAAGGCCAUAGCGGAUCCUACCGACUACUUCAGGAACGAGCAGAGCAUCCCACCAUUCAGCGAGUGAUGAGGAAGACGCUCGUCGUGCGAUCAAACUACGUUUGGGGACAAAAAAUCGCUUGACCUUGGAGUUGGGAUGGCAGGUGAAUAUUACAUUGCGUUGGUGUUCUUUUUUUUUUUGCGAGGACAUUGCGUUGGUGUUCAAUGUAUAGUUCCAAAAUUUGUUUUCGAACGUUGACAAAAGUUUGAAUUUUGUUCGAAUUGGGCUCCAAUUCACGUUGAAAAUUUUCCCUGGUAUGUUGGAGUCAACCCUGUGUUGCAUAGAGAUACAUAUUGGCAGUGUUGCCCUUGUCAUGUCCAUGAUACUCCUCGAGUAUGUUGGAGUUAACCAA